CCGUAGGUUUUGAUGUCUGGUUUUAUCAUCAUGUAAGUUAUUUUUUCUUUAUCUAUAUAAAAAAUAUUUUAUCUAUAUUUACUUAAAUAUAUGAUUUUUUAAUUUUCAUAGGUAUCAGAACUAUGCAAAGGCAAAGAUGCACAAUUGACUAAAGAGCUAAUUUCAUUAGCUCGAGGUCCUCUAUGUGGCGUUGAGAGAUUUCAUGGUUAUGUGAUAAAUGGUUUUACAUUUCAUACAAGAGAUCAUGAAAGUCAAAAGGUGAAGCAAAAUAGUGGCAUUUUGCUACGAGGAUUAUUGGGUUCAAAAGCUAUGGAUUACUAUGGAGUUAUUACCGAAAUAAUGGAGCUUCAAUACCUAGGAGGCAAUACGGUUGUCAUGUUCAAGUGUGAUUGGUGGGAUGUUGACAACAUCAGCUAGGGAGUGAAAAUGGAUAGAUAUGGCUUUGUUAGUGUCAAUACAACUCGUAAGCUAUUGACUAAUGAGCCAUUUGCACUUGCAUCUCAGGUGGAACAAGUAUUUUAUGUUGAAGAUGGGUCUAAUCCUAAUUGGCUAGUUGUUUUGAAAGGUCAAUCUCAAAGCUCGUUUGAUUCCCUCACCAAAGACCCAACUGAUGUACAAUCAGGUGAUCAAGAAGAGGCUUUUCAACAAGACACACCUGAUCCUAUUUAUCCAAACCCCUACCCAGUCCAAGAUGAUGAACUAAUUGGUUGGGAGGAAGACUCUAAUGAAGAUGGAAAUGAGAUGCAUGUUGAUUCUGAUGAUGACAGUCAUGAUAGUGAAAUUAGUGCAUAUGGAGAUGAUAGUGAUCAGGAUGAACAAGUUGACAUUGACUUCUUGUCAUAAGCUACUAGAAUUGUGAUCAUUGUACAUUUUUGUUUGGCAGGUACCACUUGGCGUACUAGCACUUGAGACACAUUUUGGUUGCUUUUUUUCACUUAACAUUGCUAUAAAUGGAGUAGACAACUCAUAAUUUGUUAUUUUUUUCAUUUGAAAUUUCAUAUAUAAAGCUAGACUAUGACAGUUUUUAUAGUCAAUAAUGCAUUAGAUGCUUCACAACUCUGCAAUUUUUAAACUAACGUUUUCUUGAAAGUUUAGAAUUACAGUUAUUGAUGUUUAUUUUACCAUUUCACAAAGAAAAACUAGGUGCUUCGUCUUCCCCUGUUCUCUCGCUUAGCUGUGUCUCGCUUCAUGUUCAGGGACAAGUGAGAAUGCAGACUUUCAGAUUACUAAUAACACCAAUCAAUUAAUAGAAAAAGAUGCC